UCGGGGCUUAUUGUUGCUAUCACGCGACUAGGCGGCUCGGCGAAGAACGGAAGCGGUAGAGGGCACGCAAGGGAAGGUCGAAAGUAGGGCAACAUUUAAGAAAUAAACGAUCGGACGUUCUGGUUACACUCCGUGACUUCAGCGGGCGGUGGAAACAGACGGGCCUUGACUGAAGGAGCAGUCACUGUUUUGUGUGCUUCGGUAUAUUGUUCGUCUUUGUUGUCAAGGGUUGCACACAAUGGCUGUGUCAGGUUUGCGUGCUUCUUAUCACCGGCUUCUGGAUAGGAUCGAACUUCUUUUGCCACCAAAACUGAGACCUCUCUACAACCAUCCUGCAGGUCCUAAAACAGUGUUUUUCUGGUCCCCAAUAAUGAAAUGGGGAUUGGUAAUUGCAGGAAUGGCUGACAUGACUCGUCCAGCUGAAAAACUGAGUACUUCACAGUCUGCAGUGUUAAUGGCAACAGGAUUAAUUUGGUCCCGGUAUUCAUUGGUCAUCAUUCCCAAAAACUGGAGUCUGUUUGCAGUUAAUUUUUUUGUAGGAUGUGCUGGUGGAUCUCAGCUCUUCCGUAUUUGGAGGUAUAACCAAGAACUUAAAGAAUUAGAAAAAGAUAAAAAACAAGAAGCUGUAAAGUCAUGAAUAUAGAUCAAACAAGUAAAAUCCAAUCAAGGACUGAAAGGAGCUAAAUCGUAAAAACAUAUUUAAUAUCUUUGAAUAAACUGUCAUGUGCCUUUCUUGUUAAAGAAAGGGGGUCUGGAUUAGGAUUUUACAGUCUCUGAUUUAAUGGAGGUAGUGUUACUUGUCAGUGUCAAUUGAGUAUUGUUCAAGCUAAAAUUCUGAACACUUUAAAAUGACUUUUAGUAUUGAAUACAAUGUAAUCAUAUAAAAAUCCAUUUCUGUUCUAUAGACAAACCAUGAACAAUUACUCAUUUUAGUGUAAACCAUACUGAAUAAAGAAUUUAUUAGAACUGUAAAGAUGGUGCCAUUCAUUGAAGCUUGUAAAAUCUGAUUUUAGCUUGAACAGUGUAAUAAAGAUCGUCUCAUAAUAAAUUUUUAAAUCCAGUUAGCACCUCUCAUGAGGAGCAAAAUAAAGGGAAUUCUACUUCUGUAA